CGCGACGCUCCGCGCGGACAGACGGACUGGACGCCGCCGGAGCCCACGAUCGCCGCGGACUCGCGGACCGCCCAACGCGCCCAACGCGCACCGCACCGACCAGACCGCGGCACGGCAGUGCACGGCAGUGCACGGCAGCCCUCUGCUCUAGUCGGGGUGCGCCGGGCCCUCCCCAGGCCCUUCCGUCUCCCGGCCCGAUCAGUCAUUCCCACUCCCCGGCGCGGCCCGGCCCUGUCAGGGCGCCGCGCCGCCGCGCCACAGCCAGCCGGCCAGUGUUUCUCGCCAGGAGGCCGCCCCGCCGACAGACGCGCCCCGCCGCGGGGCCGACGCGAUCCCCCGACACCGGGGAGGCUCUCCUUCGCCACCAGCGCGUCCUGCGUAGUCCUGCGCACCCGCCGCAGAGUUGCCUGGCGCCUCAGCGUGCCUCAGCGUGCUGCAGCCAUGCGCGUCGACGUGGCCACGGAGGACGACGCGGAGGCCGUCAUCGACAUGCUCAAGAAGUCCUUCUUCCCGAACGAGCCGCUCAACGCGUCGAUCGGCCUGGUGGGCGCUGACGGCGGCUGCCCCGAGCUCGAGGCGUACUGCCGCGUGGCGGUGCCCACGGGGCUCAGCCUGUGCGCGCGUGCCGGGCCAGAGGCCGGCGCCGACGCGGAGGCCGUGGUGGGCGUCAUCCUCAACGAGGUGAUCCGGCGCGGCGAGGGCCCCCGCCCCGAGGACGCCAGGGUGCGCGAGGGUGACUCCAAGUUCGACAAGAUCCUGGCGGUGAACCACGCGGCCGAGGUGGCGGCGGACGUCUUCGCCGCGCACCCGGACGUGCAGCGCGCGCUCGACGUCAAGAUCCUCGCCACGGACCCCACCAGGACCAAGUCCGGCAUCGCCACGGCGCUCAUGGCGCGCACGCUGGAGCUGGCGCGGGCGCAGGGGCUGCCCCUGGUGCGGUGCGUCUGCAGCGGCGCCUUCUCGGCCAGGGUGGCGGAGCGCAGCGGCUUCUCGCGGCUGGGCGGCGUGGCUUACGACGCCUUCCUGGGCCCGGACGGCGCGCCCGUGUUCUCGCCGCCGCCGCCGCACACCGCCAUCACCGUCUGGGCCCUGCGGCUGUAGCCCAGAGCCCCAGCCGUGUCUGUGGCGCAGACCGCGGACUUUGGACUCCUAAAACUGGCACUGCGGUGUUCUGGCCAGUGAAACUAGACACGUUAUUGUUGUUGUUACGUUUAUUGCUCAUCUAAUGGCUAUUUUUACCGUGGUCUGUUUCACGGGCCACGGGCGUGAUUUUGUUGCAUUUAACUAAGCCGCUCUGGCUGCAGUGCGCGUCGUGUACAGGCACGUGUUAAAUUAACACUGUUAAUUGCGCCUGAGUGGACCUGUCCGUUUAUGUCCCUGUGUCUGAUUGAAAUAAAUGUAAACGGUUCGAGUGUA